CUCAACCACAGCUUGGACUUGUUCGACGACCGUCGACCGGAACCAGCUUGACUGGAAGACUCUGAACGUUGCGUCAGAAUUGCUCCAAGACGACUGUUCGUACAAGCAUGGCAACUCACCGGGUGCCGCAAAUACAGGACUUCUGGGUCCGUUGCGUCGUAUCGCAGCUAUCAUGUCGUCACCCACGCAACCCCUUGGGCAAGACGGCGUAUCGUCGGACGGCUGCCUCUCGGCGGGUGUAUCGACUUAUCAAACGCGAGCGGCAGGCACUGUUGUGGAGUGGCCACGGCUGCGUGUUACAGAGACUUUGUUGCGCAGCCACCGAGGAUGAGGUUAUGACCAGAAGUGGUUGAGAGCCGGGGAUGAGGUUAUGUACGACCAGAAAGGGUGGAAAGGUGCGUCGUCGAGGCUUUGGAGCUUCGUCUGGACUCUGCGGGG